UCCUGCUCAGAUGCAGAACACAAGCUCUUCUCUGUGAUCUUCUCCAACUACAACCAGUACAUACGACCCGUGGAAAACGUGAGCGACCCGGUCAUUGUGCAGUUCGAGGUGUCCAUGUCGCAGUUGGUCAAGGUGGAUGAAGUCAAUCAAAUCAUGGAGACAAAUCUGUGGCUGAGACACAUCUGGAAUGAUUACAAACUCAGAUGGAAUCCAAAAGAUUUUGGAGGCGUCGAGUUUAUCCGGGUGCCGUCCAGCAGGAUAUGGAAGCCAGACAUUGUGCUGUACAACAAUGCAGUCGGAGAUUUCCAGGUUGAUGACAAAACAAAGGCCCUGCUUCGUUACAAUGGUGAUGUUACCUGGAUCCCUCCAGCCAUAUUCAAGAGCUCCUGCAAGAUUGACGUCACUUACUUCCCCUUCGACUACCAAAAUUGCACCAUGAAGUUCGGCUCCUGGACGUAUGACAAGGCCAAGAUCGAUCUGGUGCUAAUUGGCUCAACCAUCAACCUCAAGGACUUCUGGGAGACCGGGGAGUGGGUGAUCAUCGACGCCCCUGGUUACAAGCACGACAUUAAGUACAACUGCUGCGAGGAAAUCUACACGGAUAUCACUUACUCUUUGUACAUCCGCCGUCUGCCACUUUUUUACACCAUCAACAUGAUCAUCCCCUGCCUCCUCAUCUCCUUCCUCACUGUGCUCGUCUUCUACCUGCCGUCUGAUUGUGGCGAGAAAGUCACUCUGUGUAUCUCCGUCCUGCUGUCGUUAACUGUCUUCCUCCUCGUCAUCACGGAGACCAUCCCCUCCACCUCUCUAGUCAUCCCCCUGAUUGGCGAAUAUCUCCUCUUCACCAUGAUCUUCGUCACCCUCUCUAUUGUCAUCACUGUUUUUGUGCUGAACGUCCACUACCGCACACCAAAGACCCACACAAUGCCUUGCUGGGUGCGGACUGUGUUCCUCAGACUGUUGCCCAGGGUGAUGUUCAUGACAAGGCCGGAGAGGGACCCCGAGCAGGUCACAAUGGCUGACAAUGUUCAGACCAUGCAUUCAAGACCCUGUGCCAUUCAUUCGUCAGGUACUUUGCAGAAGCAGCACAAACCUCAGGGCCUGGCCUCCAGCGUGAUGUCCAGCCUAACAAACCGGCAGCGCCUUUUCAACAAUACAGAGCUCUCCAACCUCAAUAACUUAAGCGGGGACCCGGUCAAAGGUGUGGGCUCUGCGUUUUUGUGCUGCGAGGGCCGUUGCAACUGCUGUUGGCGCCAGAAAUCCGGCAAACUGCCUGCAGACUCUGGUGGAGGAAGCGGAGGACUGGGCAGCCUGGGGACACUGACCGGAGGCAGCGCCGUCGGGGUCGGAGGGGGGAGUCAGUGCUCCAGCUCUGAGUCCCUGGAUGGAGGCAUAAUUGCCCUGUUGCCACUCUCCCCUGAGGUCAGAGAGGCCAUUGAGAGCGUCAAAUACAUAGCAGAGAACAUGAGACUACAGAAUGAAGCAAAGGAGGUUCAGGAUGACUGGAAAUACGUUGCCAUGGUUAUCGACCGGAUCUUCCUGUGGGUUUUUGUCCUUGUGUGCAUCCUGGGAACAGCCGGCCUCUUCCUCCAGCCUCUAUUGCUUGGGGAGGACAUUUGA